GAUAAGCGAAACGCCCGAAAAUUGCAAUUUUUUCAUUUCACACACACACACUCGCGACACACACGCCAGCAGCGCAACGAAGGACCCAAAAAGGCCGCAGAAAAACGCCCAGCAAAGCCGAGGGUUACGGAAAAGGAUCUAAGGUGACCACCAGGACCGCCCACCAGGAGCCACCACUGCGGGAAAAGCCAAACAUUCCAGUUCCAGCGGUGCAGGAAGAAGAAGCAGAAGCAGCAGAGGAGAGGAAGAAGCCGAUUCGUUUCGAUUCGACGACGUUUAUCAAUUAUGAAUUUCCUGGGUUUCGGCCAGUCAGCGGACAUUGAGAUAGUCUUCGAUGGGGCUGAGCACAAGACGGCGGAGGUCAAGGGGGAGGACGGCAAGGUGGAGAAGAUGCUGCUCUUCUACGACGGCGAGACGGUGUCCGGCAAGGUGAACGUGACCCUCAAGAAGCCGGGCAGCAAGCUGGAGCACCAGGGCAUCAAGAUCGAGUUCAUCGGCCAGAUCGAGCUCUUCUACGACCGGGGCAACCACCACGAGUUCAAGUGCCUGGCCAAGGCGCUGGCCCGGCCCGGCGACCUCAUCCAGAACAACAGCUACCCCUUCGACUUCCCCAACGUGGAGAAGCAGUUCGAGGUGUACGCCGGCUCGAACGUGCGGCUGCGCUACUUCCUGCGCGCCACCAUCGUGCGCCGCAUCAGCGACAUCACCAAGGAGGUGGACAUCGCCGUGCACACGCUGUGCAGCUACCCGGAGAUGAACAACCCCAUCAAGAUGGAGGUGGGCAUCGAGGACUGCCUGCACAUCGAGUUCGAGUACAACAAGAGCAAGUACCACCUGCGGGACACGAUCAUCGGCAAGAUCUACUUCCUGCUGGUGCGCAUCAAGAUCAAGCACAUGGAGAUCGCGAUCAUCAAGCGCGAGAGCACGGGCACGGGGCCCACGAUGUUCAACGAGAACGAGACGAUCGCCAAGUACGAGAUCAUGGACGGGGCGCCCGUCAAGGGCGAGAGCAUACCCAUCCGGGUCUUCCUGGCCGGCUACAACCUCACGCCCACCAUGCGGGACAUCAACAAGAAGUUCUCGGUCAAGUACUUCCUCAACCUGGUGCUGAUGGACACCGAGGACCGGCGCUACUUCAAGCAGCAGGAGAUCACGCUCUGGCGCAAGGCGGACUUCCCGCGCUACCACGGCGCCCAGCAGCAGCAGCAGCAACACCAGCACCAACAGCACCAGCACGUCCCGCUGCACGCGCCGCCGCACCUGGUCAGCGGCCCGGCGGCGCCCACGGUGGCCCACUCGCUGAUCAGCUCCAGCACGGACAGCGGCGACGUGGGCGGAGCUCCGGGCACCGCCGGCUCCGAGUCCAAGAUGGGCCUGUUCACCCGGGAGAGCCCCAACCAGGAGUUCAGCCAGCAGCAGCUGGACUCGCCACCGCUGACGCCCACGCCCGCGACGGUUCCCGCUUCAGCGGCAGUUCCUGCACCCACAUCGGCCUCAUCCGCUCCAGAGCCGGCUCCCGAGCGGGGCAUGGGCGAUGGAGCCGCGGCGGCCACCACAAGUGCCUCGCCCGUCGCCAUGCUCUCCAGCUCGCCGCCGCCGCUGCUGCCCGCGUCGCCGCUGUCCCGUUCCGACGGCGACUCGUCGGAGCAGCAGGUGCUCCAGCCGGAGGAGGAGGCUGGGGAGGCGAAAAAGAGCAGCGUGUCGCCGCUGGCCGCCGAUUGAGUGGGCGGCUGGGCAGGAUCAGGAUCAGCAGCAGCAGCAAGCGGAACUAUUACGCAUAUAAUCGUAUACAGCAGCAGGAGGGCGGAGGAGCGGAGCAGCAGCAGCAGCAAC